AUGGCGGAAAGAAACCCAUUCCGCAUUAUCCAAUGUAAUCCCUUUCUAAGACGGCAGGCGCGUGAAUUGAGGGAUAAUUGGUUGCUGUUUCAAGUAAAUAGAGAUGACGUAAAGUAUGGCACAACAUUGCUCCAGGAGGCAGUUACUCAGGCACAUGUCGAAAUGGCACGUAUUUUGGUCCAGUAUGGUAAAGCAGAUCUCGAUGCACAAAACGAUGAUGGAAAAACUGCCCUUCAUAUAGCUUCGCGGGCUGGUCAAGAAGCCCUUGUGGAUCUUCUUUUAGAAGCAGGAGCUAAAGUUAAUAUACAGUGCCUUGACGAGACAACUUCUCUACAUUUAGCAAUGUGGAAAAGCAAAGCAAAUGUUGUUGAGAAACUGAUUGCUGAUGAAUGGGCACCUUUGCACUGGGGCGUUGAAAAUGGUAAUUUUGAAUUGGUGAGAUUGUUGAUAAAUAAUGGUGCCAAGACCAAUGUAGUUAGUAAGGCCCUGAUGACCCCUUUGACAUUGUCUGUGGUAAAAAGACAUUUGUCAAUCACAAAAUAUCUUCUGAUAAUGGGAGCUGGAUUGGAUAUUAUUGAAAACUCAGAAAAGAAACCUGUCAGUUUUUCAUCGUUGCUGUUGGAACCAAACCUUUUGAAGGAACACAACACUGAAGUCUUACAACUUGUAGACAUAAUGAUGGAAAAUGGUUGCGAUCUCUGGUUGGAAAGGAAAACAUUGCUUUCCAAACAGCCAGCAGCCAGUUCUCUUGCCGAACAGCUCCAUCGUAUUUUAGUGUCUAAACUAUCCACUCCACCAACUCUUCAAGAGAUCUGCCGCUUUUUUUUAAGACAGCAUUUACAUCACCAUUAUCAAAAACCACCGAAGCAUAUUCAAAAGGAACAGCAGCACUGCCACCAUAAACUAUAUAUUGACAAAAUCAUAGCUCUUGAAGUACCUAAACACCUUGAAGACUUCAUACUGACACGAUCAGAGAGGAUACAAAUUGCAUGCAAAGCCAAAAAACCACCUAAAACCCCUCCUCCCAUGCCGCCACCACCAUCAGAUUCAACAAAAAUAAAAACAAAUAAAACAUCAAAACCACAGAAUAAUUCUGUGAAACCUAAAUCAGGUAAUAUUAUUAAUUUAAAGAAAAAUGGUGCCACUUUCUCAUCGGGGAAAGAAAUGGCUAAAUUAGAAGAAACUCAUAAAAGCCAGGGUAAGUCUGCAAAAUGGAAAAAUUCCAAGUGGAAUUCUUACCCCAACCAAAAUGUUGUCCCUCCCCAACCAGUAAGAAACCCCCACUGUAGAACUCCUUUAUUGAAUGAUCCAGUCCCUAGAAACCCUGUUUCUCAACCUUUACUUUCCAAACCUAUGUAUCCUGGGACAAGACAAAAUAAAUUUUCCAACAGGAAUCCAGCCAUGGCGAUGAGAGACAUGCCAAAUCCAGCUUUUGUUCCAGUUCCCCAGCAAAGAGUACGACGACUGAUCAGAUUUUCUGCCGACAGUAUUUUAGAGUGUCACCUACCGGAACCUAACGUGACUCAGAAAAAAAGGUCUUGGCGUUCAAAUAAACAGUUUUAAUUUAUUCAAAUGUGAAAAUGAAAAGAAACACAGUAAAGGAAUAUUGCAA